AUGGCCCAAAGACAUAAGAAACGCAAGAAGAAAGAAGCAAGAGACAAUGACGACAAGAACGAAGAACCUGUCUAUUGUUUCUGUCGUCAAGUCUCUUACGGCGAAAUGGUUGCUUGCGAUGGCGAGCAUUGUCCGUUUGAAUGGUUCCACAUGGAAUGUGUUGGAUUGGAUGCACCGCCCAAAGGAGCUUGGUAUUGUGAUGAAUGUGCGGCUGAAGUACAAUCUAAACGAAAAGAAAUCAAAAAGAUGAAACGCAAAAAGGAAUCCAUGAUGUUAUCCUAA